CUAUCACCAUUCUCUACCCUUGGUGGUCUCGAUUCACAAAUCCGUCAAAUCCGCACCUUACUCGAAAUACCUCUUAAACAUCCGACCACUUACUCUUUGUUUGGGCUUAAACCUCCUCGAGGUAUUCUCUUGUACGGUCCUCCGGGAACCGGCAAGACGGCAUUGGCACGAGCUGUUGCUUCUGCCCUUCCUGGUUGCUCAUGUAUCGUAGUCAACGGUCCGGAGCUCUCUUCAGCUUAUCAUGGUGAAACGGAAGAAAAGCUUCGCGGGGUUUUCGAGGAAGCUCGGAAAAAGAGUCCAUGCGUGGUGGUAUUGGACGAGAUAGACGCUUUGUGUCCCAAGAGAGACGGGGAUGGUGGAGAAGUUGAAAGACGAGUCGUGGCUACUUUGUUGACGUUGAUGGAUGGCAUGGCAGAGGACGAUGAGAAGGAAAAGGUUUUCGUCAUUGCCGCUACGAAUAGACCUAACAGUAUUGAUCCCGCCUUGCGGCGGCCAGGUCGAUUUGAUAGGGAGUUGGAAAUCGGCAUUCCCGAUGCAGUUGGUCGAAAACAGAUCCUCGAAAUUUUCUUGUCCAAAAUGCCUCAUUCACUCAGCUCGGAAGACAUUCAUGAAUUGGCUGCGAAAACCCACGGCUUUGUGGGUGCGGAUCUCUCUGCUCUCGUUCGUGAGGCGGCAACCUUGGCUAUACAACGGUGGCAUACGUCUUCGACUUCGGAAAUCCCCCUUCUCACAGCUGAUGACAUCGCUGCUAUCUUACCCGCCAUGCGUCCGUCAACUAUGCGAGAAGUCUUUGUGGAAACACCGUCUGUGCGAUGGUCUGAUAUUGGUGGGCAAGAGGAGGUGAAGCAGAAACUUCGAGAAUGUGUAGAAUGGCCCUUGUUACAUCGUGACACCUUCCUCCGUCUUGGAGUGGAAGCACCCAGAGGAGUAUUGUUGUACGGUCCUCCGGGAUGUAGCAAGACGAUGACGGCGAAAGCUCUAGCGACGGAAAGUGGGCUUAACUUUCUGGCUGUCAAGGGCCCAGAGUUGCUCAACAAAUACGUUGGCGAAUCUGAACGUGCUGUUCGAGAAGUGUUCCGAAAAGCACAAGCAGCAGCACCUUCCAUAUUAUUCUUCGACGAGAUCGAUGCUCUUGGAUCUAGCAGGUCAGAUGGGGAUGGCCCCCACAAUGGUGUUCUCACCAGCUUGUUGAAUGAAAUGGACGGGAUUGUAGAACUGUCAGGAGUGACAAUUGUGGCAGCUACCAAUCGUCCAGAUGUGCUUGAUUCGGCAUUGAUGCGACCCGGAAGAUUAGAUCGGAUCUUGUAUGUAGGUGCUCCGGAUCUAGACGCGAGGAAGGAGAUCUUCAAACUCCGCUUAGCGAAAAUGGCCGUCGAGCCAAGAGUGGAUGUCGUGGAGCUAGCUCGACUAGCUGAGGGGUGUUCGGGAGCGGAAGUUGCUUCUAUAUGUCAAGAUGCAGCUUUGACAGCGAUGAACGAAGAUCUCAAUGCGCCUUACGUGAAACUAUCUCAUUUGGUGCAUUCGGCCAAGACUGUGAGAAGGCGGAUCACGCCGACGAUGAUCGAAUACUAUGAAAAUUGGAGAGAUCAGUCCGGGGUGAGAAGCGCUUGA